CUGAAGUAAUCCAUUAUGACGAUAUAUAAUAAUUAAUAAUAUGUUAUUGGAACAACAUGUUUUUUCUAUAUAUCAAUGCUUGUGUGUCGUUAUUGACAAUACUGUUAACAAAAUCUAUUGCAGUACAAGUUGCUGAUUUAACCAAUCAAAAAUGCAAUGACCACAUCCUGUCGACACGACCAAAUAAACACGUUCAGUUGAUACUAGCUAGGAAUGAGAACGGAUAUAUUCCUGAUAUCGAUGGCUGUUAUUAUGCGAUAAAUCUUAAUCAUACUGGGCACGAAUUUCAAAGAAUAGAAGUGAGCGUUUCCCUAGAGACUUUGUCUGAUUGUCAAUAUAAAGUAGAAAUUUAUUCAGGAGAUCCAGCAAGUAACAAUAAAUUUGAGACACUUGACUGUUCUUCAAAUCAUUUAUGGAAAGGUCAUUUCCCCACAACAACACUUUAUUUGCGUUACGUUAGUCAUACCAUAAUAGAAUUUAAUAACAGCAUUGCCAGAUAUGCCAAGAUGAUGACAAAUAUCACCUAUCGUUUGUGCACGUCAUGCUACCAAGAGCUUCCAUAUCUUUUCACCUUAAAAAAGUGUCUUAUGGAGUAUUGUGGGACUGAAGUGUGUAUCGCCGAUAGAGACGUAGAAUAUGUAUACAAAUUCCCUUACUGGAACAAUCAUGAAAUGUGUCCACCAUGUCGGUCUAUAACUUUUUCUGUCAAGGAUUCGGUACAAAUAUGUUUUGAAUCUUUUACAAACCGGUCAAUAUUGGAUGCUGGGAGCUGUCAUGUAAAAGUGGAUAUUGAUUACUAUCCAGCACUGGUUUUAAAAAACAGUUUGAUGAAAAAAUGGUGUCUUCCUUGGAAUGUAAAAGACAAAAGAGUUACAUUUACUUUUGGUGAAGAUUCCAGUUGGAAUUGCAUACAUUCACAAGAUUGUCGUGACGGUUCAAGAUGGAAUUGCCAAACGACACCAAGAUGUGAUGUUAAAAUUCGAAUUAUUCCAGAAAACAGAGAUUCUAACUUAUGUCCAAUGGCAAGUUCUAAUCAAAGAGAAUGGUCCUCAUGGACAAAAGAUUUUAGUGACAAUGAUAAUAACUCUUCGUUAAGUACUAAGGAUACACUGGUUAUUAUCUUUACAUUUGUGGCGUGUGUCUUGGUACUGAUAUGUUGGUAUUGUAAAUACAGAUGUACAAGAAAGAGUCAGAGUCAGAAUGGAAUGGAGAAUGCGAGGCGAGCAUUUCGGAAUAGAGGAACUACAGAACAAAGAGAACAUUCAACUUUGAUUUCACCAAAUCCUCGACAUGAUAUUCAGAUCACAAAUACAGCAAAUUCCUCAGGAGUAACGGGUAACCUUGCAUCAUCUUCACAAAUAGAAAUACAUGAACCGCAGCAACACUUUUCUAUAGAGGGGAACAGUAGCAGAUCGGCUCAGCCUCCCCCGACUCUUAUUAAGCCAUCAUUUUCGCACGAAAAACCUCCGCCAUCAUAUGAGGACGCCUGUAAAUACUAUGCAAAUUAGUAAUAACCUUGCGCAGUUAUAGUAUCGGAUAGGAUAUGGAAAUACUGAGAUACCAAAUGUAUAGAUAUAUAUAUAUUAUAUACAAAAACGUUGAAAGUUUCGUAAAUGAGAUGUGAUUUUAUGACGUGAUUAAAUUUUCUACGUGAUAAAAGCCAUGUUCUAAAUCCAAUAGUAGAAGAUAUGUGCGCCUGUGUGACGUCACAAUGAUAAUUGAUAAUGAUAAUGUUUUGCUCAGUAUUUUGUAUGUUUUUGUUUUAUUUCGUUGGCCUUUCAGACCUCUAUGGUUUUUGCAAUACCGAUACCUUUGUUUGAAGAAUUUAUAUUUUUAUUUUAUUGUCCCCUGGGUGCCUUCUUUUUUUUACAAUUGACGAUAAAUCUUUAAAUGUGCGACAAAUAAUUUAUAAGAAACUAAUUACACUUUUGGCAAGCAUGAACUGAAACGGAAUGGGUCUACUAUCACUAGUUCUAGAGACUGUUUUGGUUCCAUAAUACUGUGCGGUUAUGGUGAACUUUUUUAAAAGAAAGUUGGCAUUGUAUUUAGAAAACAUUAUACAUAUAUGUAUAUGUGGUAUUGUUCUUAACUUAAUGACAGUAUUGAACUAAAAUUAAAAGGUAAGUCUGAUAGUCCUAACGGUCUUCUUUCGUGAUCGCAUUUUUUUUUCAAAAACACAGACCAGUUUUGAAAAAACGGCCAAUAUAACAUGAUAAAAGUAGUACUCGACAAUUCAGGACGAUUUAUAAUGCUUGAUUUAACAUAAAAGGAAUAUAGAAGAAUAUUGUAAAGGCAACUUAAACACUAAAUUAAGUGGUAAUCAAUAUUUAUAAAUAUAUAAGACAUUAUAAGUUUAAUGAUGAGUGUUCUUCCUAAAUGAUUUGUUUAUCAUGAUGGAAGACAAAACUAACCUGUUUCAUAUUUAUUCCAGUUAUGACAUGCUGUUCUUCAUUGUCAUGUCUUUCAAUGAUAGAUUUGACAUGUGGUACUCUUCUGUCACAUGGUCCUUCAGAAAUAAAGCUCAUAAACUAAGGAAUGGACCCAAUUAUAUUGAAUCAGAAAUCAUUUCUAGAUAACAAUGUGCACUUGUCUUCUAGGGUAGCAAAACGUGUAAUUACUUAACAAUAUAACAGAUAUGUAUGAACUUAAAUUAAAUUAUUAAAAUUUGACUGUUGCUAUUGUGAACUUAUUGUCAUUAGUAGAAACUUUAUUUCAUUUUGCUUAACUCUAGUGAUGUUUGUUUUAAAGGACAAUGACCAUUAAUAUAAGAUUUAUACAUAUGUUAUGAAGUCUAAAAACAAAGUACCAUAAUGAAAAUUGGUAAAACAUAAAACUGGAAGAUAAUAAAAUUGCUAUCAAUAUUCAAAUAGUAGGCAUGCUCAACAUAUCUUUAAUUUUCACAAAUGUGGGUGAGAGGGUAAAGAUUUUAAGUAAUUUGAGUAAGUUCUGAAAUUCUUAAAAAUAUAAUUUGUUUUCAGAAUGAAAAAGAAAUAUAUAAACACAGCAUUAAAAAUAUGUUCCUGUACAUAAUUGUUAAAAAAGGUAAGGUUGACAAAGAUAUGCAACUCGCCUUUAAUAAUCCAGUAAAACUAACAAUUUACUGAGGUAGUGGUACACAUUUGUUGUAACUCAAAUUUACCCAAAGAUAACUUUUUAACUUUGUCUAAUGAACAAAUGCAUAUACUUACCCUUUGUCCCAAAAGAUAAAACAUCUUCCCUCAACUGAGUUCCCUUCUAUACAAGAAUAUCUAUACUAUACAUAAAGAGAACUUCGUCUAUUAUAUACCUACUUGAAUGUUAAAAACACUGAAUUAUGUGUGAAGAACAUAGCUUUUCUAGAGUAAUGUAGGUGUAAGACAAGGAAAUAUUUUCAGACCAAAUUUAUUUGUUUUAUACUAAUAUGGUCUAUUAAAUAUGUACAUGUGAAACAGUUACCCGAAACGCAAGACAUAUCAAUUGCCUAAUGUAUGCUCAUAAUUUAUUGUCAAUUCUAAUCAAUCACCUUUUUGUUUUCAUUAUAUUUAUUCUUGAUGAAAUGCACUUUUUUUUAAAUUAAAUACUGUAAAAAUUUUAUACACAUAUUAAUAGGAGCAAAUAUUUCAAACAAACUUGAGAUCACAUAAAGAACAUAUAAAAAUUAAGUUUUUCCCUCCUUCCAUAGUUCUUUUCCUGUUUAAACUUUAUUGUGUUUUUUAAGUAAGCAUUUUAUUUAAGGGGAGACAAUUACACAGCUGAAAACAAAAGAAAUUAUCAAAUAUAGCUAAGAUGCAAAGCAAAUUGUCUUAGCAAUAAAUCGUUUGCCCAUUAAUGUUUGUUGCAACCUCUAUCAAAAUCUAUAGCUGACUAACCCAAUAGUUGCUGCAUUAUAUUGUCAAUAUAUUUUGAUAAAUUUGUUAUAUUCUGUUGAUUUAUACCUGUUAAUUGCUCAUUAUGAUAGUGUAAAUCUGGAUUAUGAUCAUUUUUUGUUAUUUUCCAUAAUAUUUCGUACCUGUUUAUUAAAUCUAACAAUAAAACUAUAUCAAACUAA